AAUCGCGCCAGCUGCCACAGCAUGGACGGACACAAGCCACUCCAAGAUGCCGCGGGCAGGGCUAAUGAGGCAGCAGCAGCAGCAGCAUCAGCAGCAGGCAGUGUCAAUGGGUCGGCAGCUCUGCGUCGCCAGCCGACGAAAUAUCCACAUGGUCUGAACAUAACGGUGCAGACAGUCGAUGACGAGAAGGCCGAUGACUACUCGCGUGCCUCCACAUUAAAAAGCAGCAGCAGCAGCGGUGGCGGCGGCAGCGACAUCGAAUCCUGCUGGACCGACACCCAGAAAUAUCGCAUCGGCAUGGUUGGCAGUCCCGAGACUCUGGCCGAGCUCCAAGUGCGUCGCUACAAAUACCCGUUGACGGCGAACUAUUAUCUGAACCGAGCUGGACCCGGCGCUGGCCAGCAGCAGGAGAAGCCCACGCCACUGAUGCUGCUGGGCUAUGCCAAGCGCGCCUGCCGCUGGAAAUAUCUGCGCUGGCCCAUCAUCUUCGUGGCCAGCGUGCUGCUCUUCUUUGGACUGAUCACCUACUGCCUCUGGCUGCACGACGUCAGCGUGGCUCGAGCCCGUUUCCUACAGCGUCGCUACGAGGUGACCUCGUCCAGCUCAACCACCGAAUGGGACGGCCUGCUCGAUGAUGAAACCAUGGAGGUGCUAACAACGACUACAGAGAAUAUAAAUACCAUGCAGGAGUCGACGCGACUCAGAGCGGUCGAAAUACACAGGGAACACACGACGGCCAUGUCUGUGACGGAGGCGGACAUUCCGGACGGCGAUGAUGAUUAUGACGAUGUGCUGCUACCUGCUGACAGUAUUCGCUUCACCUCCGGCCACCAGAAUAGCUUUGGAGUGCCCAUCGAACAGGAUAAGCGAAUGCUGCAACUGCUCAAAGAGCUACUGCCGAAGCCGCAGUCCACACCCCCCGCCAAUGUGCGUCUGUUGACACGCGUGUCGCCAACGCUGCCGCCGCCCUCGGGGGUCAGCGGCAGGCCGACUGAGGCGAUGACCACGACGCCAUCGAGCAGCAUUGGCAGCGGCUGCAUCUCGACGGCGCUGCCCAUGUGUCGCGGCAUCCUGGACUAUGAUCUGACCUACAACAAUGGCAACGGAGCACCCCGCGACGCUGCCUCCAUGGCGGCCUACGAGCAGCUCAUCGGCGCCAACUGUUCGGCCCGAGCCGUCGAGUUUGUGUGCGCUGCCCUGGAGCCGGAGUGCCGACCCUUGCACAUUGGCCAGCUGCCGCCGUGCCGGCGCAUUUGCAAAGCCAUACUGGAGGCCUGUUCCAUUGUGAUAGCCAACUCGGACCAGCUGAGCGAGCUGUUCGACUGCAGCCAGUAUCCGGAUGCGCAUGAGACGCACAAGUGCGAGGAUCCAACGCGCAGGCGUGACUUUUGCUACAGCAACGAGUUCCAGUGCCACGAUGGCAGCUGCAUUCCCCAGCAGUGGCAGUGCGACAACAUCAAGGAUUGCGCGGGCGGCGAGGACGAGGACGAGCAGUGCCUGGUGUGCGAGCACGAGGAGUUCCGAUGUCGCUCCAAUGAGAAGUGCAUAGCGGAGAGCCUGCGCUGCGACCUCAACUACGAUUGCUUCGAUGCCAGCGACGAGGAGGACUGCGACGAUUACGGCUCUGGCGAUGCGGCGCCCUUCGAUGAGGCUGAGUUGAAUGCUUUUCCGCGCAUUUUCUCCUACGCCAGUUUCCUCUCGCCCAACGAGACAAACGAGAAGCUCUACACUUACAUCACGGCCACCACGGACGAGGAGGCGGGCACCGAGACCAAGUUCCAGGUGCAUCAGGUCGCAGCGCCUGUCCAGGCCGCGAAUGCCAGCGCCGAGGAAGCAGCAGGCGGACCCAAAGGCUUUGUGAACUUUCGGGACAGCAAGGAGAUCAUGAUGACCAGCGACUCGGAGAACAAGUUCAAGUAUUCCGCGCAGCGCACCAAUCGCACCAGCAACAAAUUCAGCAUCUCCACGGCCACAGUGCCGACGCGCAGCGCCAGCGCGAUUCCACCGUCGACGCUGGCGCAGCAGCGCGAACGGGAGCGCAUCACGAUCAGCAGCAGUAGCAGUAGCAGCAGCAGCACGAGCAGCAGCACAUCAACUACAAUGGCCACGCCCACCAGAACGCCUGGACGCUGUUUGCCGCACGAGCUGCGCUGUGUGAGUGGCAAGUGCAUAACUGUAAAUCAACUGUGCGAUAAGCAAAUAGACUGUCCAGAUGCGGCUGAUGAGAUCAUGUGCGUCUAUCGUGAAAGGCCCACUGUGCGUGCUGUAUCCACAACAACAACAACAACUAAGACAACACCAACAACAACAGCAGCAGCAUUAACAACAACAACACCAGCAAUGACCACAACGAGACGUUCGGUGCGAACCAGUCCCAAUCGAAGUCGAAAGCCCAAGUCCUAAGCAGUUGAACUAUAACCGCUGUACAUUAUAUGCAAUUUGAUACAUCUAUUAUUAUUAUUAUUAAUACUAUUUAUAUAUAACUUUCUUAUCUUUCAAACGCGCGCUCGCUAUAUGUAUGAUAUAUACUUAUAUAUAUAAUAAUUGAUAAUUGGCUAGAUCUUAA